UGAACGGCUGCGCAAUGCAAAGUGGGACGGAGCACAAAAGUGCCCACAAAUAAAAUUAUAUCGCUGGAAGUCUUAAAAAAAAGUUACCGCACGAGUUCAUAUCAUCUAAUAGGGAAAGGAAAUUAUCAAGCCUAAGGAAAUUGCAUCACUCCAGAAAAUUUGUACAGUUCAUGGACUGUCAAAGCAAUUUGAACGAAUCAAGCAAACUUUGCAUUGACGGAAGAAAAUUUAAUAUAUAAAAUAACGAAAUCAUUAAAACGAAAAAAAUAAAUGAAGAAAACUCAGAAGAACGAAAAUAAUGCGGCCAAAGAGGUGUUUCUCGAAUUAAUUCAUCUCCCAUCCUGGUUCGAGCCACAAACAACAUCGUGAAUUUGGAGAACGGGAAAAAGGAAACGAAAUGUUGCAAAUUUAAAAACAUCUACAUUUUUGUUCGCCGUCCCUUUCGCGGACACGGGCCCUGGCAAAAAGUGGUUGGACCAGGCCCUGAAAAUUUCCACACCAUAAUAAAAGAUUGCCCGAAAGAUUUCGGGACAGGUAUCCGGAACAAGCGGGUGCGGGGAGCAACACUGCUGGUGCCCCGAAAACGUGAAGAAUUUGCCCAACGAAAUUAAGAGAAACGAUCCAGCAGAAACCAACCAGAGAUACAGACGGCUGAGAAUCUCGCUGCUCGACCAAGACGACGACGAUCUUGCAAAGGCGACGUGGUUUCUCUUUUUUUCCGAAACGAUCGAAAAUGACCAACAAAUGACCAAAAAGCGACGACUGCUACAACAACCGCCAGAAAGAAAAUUAUAUAAUGGACAAAUUUUUUGCAGCUGUAUCAUUAUUUCGUCGACGGAAAUAUGAUGAGUGCAUCGAGGUGUGCAACGAGCUGCUGCAGAAUAAUGCCCUUCAUCAAGGUCCUUGGGAGCUGAAGAUGCGAUCUAUGAUCCAGCGAGUGUACAUCGACGAUAUCGAAGCGGACGACGAUGUGGCGGAGGAUAUUCUGGACACGCAGACCAUCGCAACGGCCCCCAGACCGGGCACUUCGAUCCGCACGGCAAUGGCAACAGCAGCCGCUUCAACCGCCGCAGGAAAGGCAACGGCAGCUGGUGCUCGACCGCGAACUGGAACUGGGAGACCAAUUACUGGCAUUUCCCGUCCGGGUACGCUUUCGCUUCAACGCCCUGGAUCUACCUUGGGCAAUAAAACUGCGAUGAAAACUGCAAGAACAGCCGGAUCUGCACGGAACAUACGGCUCGGUUCGGCGUCGAUGUUUGCCGUUGGCGAUCCAACUGGGCCACUGUUUCACAUUUCACGGCUCCACCCGGACAAAUAUGCCGACAAGGACUCACUCUCGAAGCCACUGUUCCAGUAUCUGUACUAUCACGAGGGGGAAAUCCGGAAGGCGAUGGCACUCUGCGAUGCGGUGCUCAAUUUGAAACGAUCUGCUGCCGGCUGGUGGUGGAACACGCAAAAGGCACGCUGUCUCAUUGCUACUGGAAGUCCACGCGAAGGGGAGCAAUUUCUUAGAGCGGCCCUCGCCGAGGUGUUCCACCCAGAUACAGUGCUCCUACUGGCGAGGAUCUAUAUCAAAAUUGAUCAGCCUUCGGCUGCUUUGGAGGUUUGUAAGAGUGGUCUGGAGAAAUUGCCGAACGAUAUUACCCUACUCACUCAGCAAGCAAGAAUUCUCGAACUGGUAGGAAACAUCGCUGCCUCCGUACGGCGAUAUCGUCAGAUAUCUCAGUUAGAUUCAAUGAACACGGAAGCACUGGCCUGCAUUGCGGUGAGUUAUUUCUAUGGCAAUCAACCGGAAACUGCGCUGCUUUACUACAGACGGAUUCUGUCGAUGGGCGCUCACAGCGCUGAACUAUAUUGCAACAUUGGAAUGUGCUGUUUGUACGGUGGACAGCUGGAUUUGGUAUUCCCCUGUUUUCAACGAGCUAUCCGAAUGGCGACCACUCCAGAGUUGAAAGCAGAUGUUUGGUACAAUUUGAGUUUCGUUGCAUUGACUACUGGCGACGUUCAUUUGGCGCGUCGUUGUCUGCGACUCUGUAUCGCAACCAACGGUUCGCAUGGUUCUGCCCUCAACAACAUGGCCGUAAUGGUUGCCCGCCAAAAGCAGUAUGCCAAAGCCAAAUCUUAUCUGAUGGCCGCCAAGGCAGCCCUACCCAUGUGUGAUGAGAUCAUAAGUAAUUUAAAAUACAUAGAAAACUUUGAAUAAAUGUAA